UUCAGAUCUAAUACAGUUGUGUGAUGCAGAAGUGACGGCGUCGCCAUGAUUCGCGACCCCCCGGCCAUGCACAAGCCUGACAGUGCUCCCAGUCAGCAGGAUGAGAAGUACGCGCUCAGCAGCAGCGUGGCGAACACGGGCGGCGCGCGUCUGUGCGCGCAGUGUGGCAAGGUCAUCACGGAGCGGUUCCUCCUCAAGGCCAUGGAGCGCUUCUGGCACGAGGACUGCCUGAAGUGCGGCUGCUGCGACUGCCGGCUUGGCGAAGUUGGCUCCAAACUUUACUACAAGGCGGAUCUCAUGCUCUGCAAAAGGGACUAUCUUAGGUUAUUUGGAGCCACCGGCAACUGUGUAGCGUGCAACAAAGUAAUCCCGGCCUUCGAAAUGGUUAUGCGAGCCAAGAGUUUCGUUUACCACUUAGAAUGUUUUGCCUGUCAGCAGUGCAAUCACAGGUUCUGCGUAGGUGACAGAUUCUACCUGUGCGACAAUAAAAUCCUAUGCGAAUAUGACUACGAGGAGAGGCUGGUGUUCGCCAGCAUGGCGGCCAACCCCAGCGGCCUGGCGCACAUCCGCCGCCAAGUCAGCGGCUUACAGUCGCCCAGCGCAGGCUACAUCGGCGGCGCGGGCUGCGGCGCCGGCGCGGCCGCCGUAGACAAGGAGGGCGGGAACUGCGCGGGAGCAGACGACGCGUCUAGCGGGUACGGCAGCCCGCCCGACCCAGACGUCUGCGACGCCGCGCGAUGACCGACGAUGUCGCGCCGACUUCUCGCCUCGGUCAAACCCCACUAGUGUCGGCGGGACGCAUUGGCCGUCGAAGCUUCGUCCCUGACGCGGACGUUUUCGACUCUGCAAGCACCCGGCAAUUCUCGAAAACACCGCAAAUAGAUUUAACGUGACAAACCCGAUUCAUCUUAAUCAUUGUAAAGUAACCAUCACCAAAAUGAAUGCAUUAUUUUAUUUUGUUCGAGUUAUAAUCUUAAAGUUGUUUAAAUUCCGAAUCGCAAAGGCGCCGACGUGCGAAUUUACUUCGCGACACCAGCGAGCAUAUUUUAUUAAUGCACGGGUACAUUA